GAAGCAAAAGGCAGGUGGAAAAGCCAGCAGGAUGGAGAGGGGUCGAGGGAAGAGGAGGAGAAAGAGCCAGUGGUGGUGGCGGCGGCGGCAGCAGAAAUUGCUGCUGCUGCUGCUACUGUUGCCGCCGCCUCUGUUUUCCCCGGCCUCGCUCUUGACACUGCCCAGCUCUCUAUAGCGCAGCGCCACGCGAAGCCGGCAACUCUUCUAAACUUGGGCGUAGGCGGAGAAGCAGCAUCCAGCCGAGGAAGCGGGGAGGGAGAUCCGCGUCCCUCCACUUGCCUCUCUCCCUUCCCCUCCCCACGCUUUUUCCGAGUGGCUUAAAGAACCGACGGGGAGCGCGUAAGGCUGCUCGGCAAGAGUUCCCGUGUGCGCCCAGGGCGCAUCCCGUAGCGAAGUCCCAGGCUCCGUCUGCCUCCUGAGCCCGGGCGAGCGACGCUCAAUCUCCAUCCUCCCUGCCAAGGGAAGGACGGCUCCGGAGGGCUGGCGCCAGCGGGCAGGAUCGCGGCGGAGCCCCUCAGCCCUCCGGCAACCGGGCCAUGCCGGGCUGACCGGCCGCGGAACUCAGCCCUCUCCAUGCCGUGAGCGCGCUCGCUUUUCCUGCCCAGCGCGAUGGCCGGGGCUCCCGGCGGGGACCGCUCCGUGCUGCCUCCGUCUGCGGUCCACGGCAGCGGCAGCAGCGGCGGCGGCGGUGGCGGCGGCGGCGAAGCUCCGCGCGUGGAAUUCGUAGCCCUGACCGCCGUGCAGACCGAGAAGAGCGAGGCGACCCCCGCCGCCCCCGCCGCCGCUGGAUCCAGCCCCAGGCGCCUGGGACUCCUCGGGACUCCCUUACCGGUCCCACGCGGGGGCUCCGGAGCUCGAUCCGCGUCGCAGAAGCGAUAUCGUCGCCUUCAGAACUGCCUCUACAACGUGCUGGAAAGACCCCGAGGCUGGGCGUUCAUCUACCACGCUUUCAUAUACAACUCCAUCACUUGAUGGAAGAAAAAGAUGGGAUACUUCAAACACAGGUUCGCUUGCCACCCCCUCUACACUUUGGAGAGUUGGCAUAUUUGUGUUCUCCCAAUCGUCAUACCUUCUGGCUUUGCUGGAUUUCAGA